GUCUGGAGAACCAAAGGGUCCAAAACCCCCCUUGCCCUCUACUUUCUGCCUUCUGGGUUUUAGGCUUUUCGCUCGAGGUGUUCUUUUACCUGGCAAAUAGAGGAAGCCACACCCUUCAGGGCUUCACCCACCAUUAACAUAAAUUACACAACCAUAUCUUUAGCUUCAUACUCGGCAAAGUAAAAGUACCCAGAAAUGGCACUACAACAUACGAUAAGGUUACCGUUAUCGUAUCUGUUCUCACCUCUCAAAGAAAACAAAUUCAGAAGUCCCAAUUCAGCUACCGGUGUAAGUCAUCACAAACGAUGCAACCGUAAUGUCUCUUCCUUAAAAAUGGAGGGUUUUAGUCUCUCAUCGAACUUGCGAAAGUUGCCAUUGCUGGGUCUUACAAUGAGAACAAGUAUAUUACCAGCGUUCAGAAGUGUAGGGAAACUCAAGUCUAACUAUGGAAAGAAUGAGCGGGAAGCAUCUAGUGAUAGUGAUGAGGAGGAUGAACCUCCUUCAAAGAAGGUGGAUGAUCCUUAUCUUAUGGAUGCUGAAGAGAGACGUGAAUGGAGGAGGAAAAUCCGAGAGGUGAUUGAUAGGAACCCUGAUGUUGAUGAGGUAGAUGCUGCAGAAAGGAAGAAGAAGAUGCAAAAGCUUUUGGCUGACUAUCCCCUUGUUGUAGAGGAGGAUGAUCCCGAUUGGCCUGAAGAUGCUGAUGGGUGGGGAUUCAACUUGGGUCAGUUCUUUGACAAGAUUACCAUCAAGAACAACAAGAAAGACGAUGAUGAUAGCGAAGAUAGUGACGAUGAAAUUGUCUGGCAAGAUGAUAAUUCUAUCCGUCCUAUCAAAGACAUGACCACUCUAGAAUGGGAAGAAGCCGUGUUUAAGGACAUCAGCCCAUUAAUCAUUCUUGUACAUAAUCGCUAUAAAAGACCUAAGGAAAAUGAAAAAAUACGUGAGGAACUGGAAAGGGCCGUGCACAUCAUAUGGAAUUGCAGGCUACCUUCACCGAGAUGUGUUGCAGUUGAUGCUGUUGUAGAGGUUGAGUUGGUCUCUGCUUUAAAAGUGUCAGUUUUCCCCGAGAUUAUUUUCACUAAAGCAGGGCAGAUUUUAUACCGCGAGAAAGCAAUUCGAACUGCGGAUGAGUUGUCAAAAAUCAUGGCAUUCUUUUAUUACGGGGCAGCCAAGCCACCUUGUUUGAAUAGCAUUGGAGAUAGCCAAGAAGCAAUUCCAUCUGUUUCCAUCAACAGUCAAGUGUGCUGAUAUAAUAGCUUACCAUUAUGGAAUUGUUCAUCAAAGUGCAUUCUUCUAGAGUUUGUGAUCAAGUCUUAACGGUACAGCCAUUACACAGUUUACACUUACAAAUCUCUUGAGAAUGUACUUAUGUAAGCUAGGGGGAUGUAUAAGAUAUAUUUACUGCAAUGCAGGUAGUUGUUAUGGUGAAUAAUUUUGUUCUCUGUUUGUAUAAAGCAUAACAUUGAGGCAUA